UGUACAGCCCUGUAGGUGCAGCCUCCGGCUCUGCGACAUACCCUUCCCGAAGCAGUGCUUCGCCGCACGGCAUUCUAGUCGUUGUGCUUCGUUUCUGCACUUCUCCCACAAUUGUCGCGGAGCUGGACGUUACUGCGACCGUGAUGUCUUCGGGCAGCACUGCCCUCCCUACAGCUGAAAAUGGAAAUGGAGGAAACAAGAGGAUACCGUGUUCGCUGCACGGCUGUAAGCGGGUGUACACAGACAACAUCGCUCUUGAGAGACACAUUCGGGACCAUGAGAUCCCGGCGCAGUCUCUGCCUGGUAAAGUGUUGCUGUGUUCCUCCAUUGGCUGCAGUGGCUCCUUCUCCAACAUGCAGAGACUGAUGGAACAUAUGAGGCAUCAUCACAAACCCAACAUAUUCUUCCAGUGUGAGAGCUGUCGCACCAAGUUGCGUUCCUAUCGUGGCCUCCUGACUCACCUGCACACCUGCUCCAGAGUACCACGGAGCAGAACAAAGCCUCCUGAACUGACACUCCCUCUGCCUGCUGCUGCAAACCGCCCAAACAUGAGCACCACGGCUAUGGACCAGCAACCCCCACAGCUGGAAUCGGUGUCUGCGGCCCAGCAACUCCCUUCUCAAAUACCAAACCCAGAUGGAUCUUUCCCCACUGCAGUUCCGCAGCCAGACUCUGCUGGCCCUCCUCUGCUCGGUCCACCCAUCUUGCCCCUUCCUCAGGCUUCCCCUCCUCACCUUGCUUCUCCACAACUCUCUGAGGCACCUCACCAGCCUCUGUUUAGGAAUGAAGCCUUUAAUCUGCCAUCCUCCCUAAACCUGGAUGGUCCAAAAGCAGCAUCUGACCGUCUUGAUGCCCAGGGUCAGCAGCAGACACACACCUGGUCUCCUGAGUCUGUCCACCCUGCUCCAGGAUCAGCACCUCACUCUCCUCCUGGGUCAUCAGCUGUCUGGAAGAAGAAUCAAGGUAUAGCCUGCAGUAGACGCAUUCUUUGGGAGCACACCAGAGGGCGCUACACCUGUGUGCAAUGUGGACAUGUGGUAUCCAACCGCAAGGAAAUGACUCAACACAUCAACAGUCAACACAGUGGUAACAAAGCUGCAGAAGACACAACAAACUCUAUUAAUAACACAUAAUGUGGAAACUCACCUCUUCUGUCUCUGUCAAGGCUUUAGACAAACACUGAAUACUGGUUAUGUCCAGUAUGCUUUUACUUUGAAGAGUCUGCAUUAGCAAAGUUGAAUAGAAACUGAUGAUUUUGUAGUGACUGUAAUAAGUAUUUACAUCAUGCUGCUUCUGAAAAGCACUAAAAAAUGUAUUUUUUUUUUCCUAAAAAUGUUUUAUCAGUCUGCUGGGUCACAAACGAUGUGCUGAAGAGUCGCUGUCAUUUAUUCUAGGGAUACCUGGCUGUAGCUGACAGGUGUUUGAAGGCUGUUGCCAUUAGAUGUUUGAACAACAGAAUUGAUUGCAGCUUCUGAAUUGCAGGUGAAGUUUUGGCUAUUAAACAUUAUUAAAUUAUAAACACUUGAUGCUAUCUUUCUCAGUUGACUACAAUACAGACUAUAAUGCUGAUCUUGUGAGUCAUUGUGCAGUGCUGCUUGUUACAAAUGAGGUGGAAAAACAAACUUGACUGAUGUAUUUAACACAUGUAGAUUGUGCAGAUAUUGUUUUCCCCUCAGAGGACUGACUUUAUUAACCUGCCCUCAGAUUUUGUGCCAGACUAAUUACAGGAUACAGCUGCUGUUAUUGUAGUUUCUCGUCAACUAAUCCAAUAAAACACCUAAACCAGCAAAGUAUGUCUCUAAUACUAAAUUCUGUAUGGCUCUCAGCUCAGAGCCCAUGUAAAUCUUAAACUUGAUUUUCAACGAAAUUUCCUAAAACCGCAUGUGUUUUGGACCUUUUGGUCACCAUGUUUUACCCACAGAUUGUGCAGCAAGUAUUUGUGGCAGCAGCAUGUAGAGUUGAGUCCAAAUGAACUGCAGUGUGUUCACGGGAAUGAAGAAAACUGUAACCCAGCAGCUGACUGAUUUGUUCUUUAGGAACUGCAAUAAUCAGUCAUUUGAGAGAAAAAUAAACAGUAACUAUAAUUAGUAUGUUGUUUAGUUACUUGGCUAUUUGCAGCUUCUAAACAGGCAGGAUCUACAGAUUCUUUCUUAUAUUACUGAAGAGCGAAUGGCUUUUGGAGUGUUGGUUGGUCAAAACAAGCAUUUUACAAUUCUUGUUGGGUUAUGGGAAAUUCUAAGUGGCUUUCUUUUUCUAUGCAUAUUCUGCAUAAAUGCGGAAAAUCUGAUUAAAUGAAAAUAAUUGUAAUUCCAGCAGUAGUGUUUUAAUAGUUUCUGGAAAGUGGAGCUUUGAAGAGUAAGAAAGUAUCUCUGGUUUGAUAUACACAGGUGUAAUAUAUGUAUUGGUUUGGCUCUGUACAUAUCAACAAGACAAACACCGUAGACAACUCCAGCCCAUUCUUUCACACCAGAAACACCAUGGUGGGUGUAUCAUUUCACAUACUUCAAGUUCCAUACCAAACACCUUUACAAGAAAGACAAGGUCAAAAAGAUCAGUUUUUAUUUGGGUCAAUCAAAAUGAGUCAAUACAAGCUAGUCAGCGUGUCAGAGUUUAGUAAGCUCUAGCUCCUCCUUAUGUCUCUACACAUCCAUAUAAGCUCCCAGACAAUCACCACUGCUUUCCCGUCCUUUACAUUAUUAACAUUACACACCCAUCCAGCAGUGAGUUUUACAAUAACUAACACAUCAAGACAAUACCACAUGACAGAGGUCCCACUUGAUCAUUGACGUGAAUUACUAGACAUUACCACAUGCAAACUGAGGUGCUGUUUUCAACACAAAUCCCAUCAUGUUGAAGAUUUAUCAAUCAAUCUAUAUAACAAAAAAAUCCUCGUAACAUUAUGCUGACAAGUUUUCUGAAAGCAUGAGCCAUCCUCCCUUCAGUUUUUCUACAUGUGGUUUUUUUUAAAGGAAUUGUCUCCCUGCCACUAGCUUAUUGCCUUACAGCCAUGAAGUUCAACUGUCAAUUUCUAUUCAUUAAACAAAACCUGCUGUAAUUAGCUGGAAACUAAUGUUUUUAGUCCACAAGAUGGCAGGUUAGGAAAUAAAAGUCAUCGUAAACAAGUACAUACAAAAAAAAGAUAAGGGACCGACUGUCCACCCCCAGGUCAGGCAAUGUUGAUUUCUUUUGUUUUAUUAUCACAAUUAGGGUCAGCUCAGGGCUCUUGAGGCUUUAAAAAAAUCUCUUCUGGUCAAUAGCGUACAUCUUUCCUGCUGGAAGCUUCCGGAAAAAUAAACUGUUGCCUCUGCUCAUGUUACCCUGGAAUGAAAAAGAGGAAAGAAGUACCAGUAACGACUGAACGUACAGUAUGCAUAACCAUAACUAAAAGGCAAAUCUAAAUUUCAAGUAAAAACAAUUGCCUAAUGUGAGAGCCUGUUAACACCAAACUUGGACUACUACUAUAACGUGUUAUUAACAUGUCCCUUGGACAUAUUUGAACAUCUUUGGUGUUGAGUGUAAUUUAUUUUAACAUUGUAUGUUUCCACAACCAAAACACAAUGGAUAAAUGAUGGUGACUGGCAUUAAGUCAACAAUUAAACCCUAUUUCCACCUGGUAUUUCUAAUCUCUCAAUUUACUGAAAUACUCACUUGAGUCUGCAAUUUCAACUGAUCUCAGUAUACAGAUAAGUUAAGUGUGGUUGGCUAAUCUCUCAACAAACACAAUGCCUUCAAGGGAAGCAGUGCUGCUGAGGGCUGGAUUUUAUUUACUCCCAAUGCAGUGACAACAUUACUGCUAUUACAUGAAACCUUGACUAAACUUGAUGUCUUUAUCUACUCUAGACUCACAGAGAGCUCAUGAACAAAUAUUUAAUUAUAAACAUUGCUUGUCAAGAUGCAAGCUGACACAAAUAUCAACAUGAUUAAAUCAGUCUUAUACACUACCAGUCAAAAGUUUGGAGACACCUUCUCAUUCAAUGGUUUUAAUUAUUUUCUAUAUGGUAGAUUGAAGACUGAAGACAUAAACUAUGAAUUAACACAUAUGGAAUUAUGCUGUAAACAUAAAACUUAAACAAACCAGAAUAUGUUUUAUAUUUUAUAUUCUUUGAAGUAGCCCCCUUUUGCUUUGACAGCUUUGCACACUCUUGGCAUUGUCUGGAUGAAGAUGAGGUAGUCACCUGAAACUGUUUUAAAUUAACAGAUGUGCCUUGUUAAGAGUCAAUUUGUGGAAUUUCUUGCCUUCUUAAUGUGUUUGUGACCAUCAGUUCUGUUGUGAGGAGGUAGGGUUAAUACACUGUGGAUAGCCCUAUCUGACAACUGUUAGAAUCCAUAUUAUGGCAAGAACCACACAACUCAGUAAAGAGAAACAACAGUCCAUCAUUACUUUAAGAACUGAAGGUCAGUCAGUCUGGAAAAUUUCAAAAACAUUGAAUGUAUGUAAAACCAUUAAGCACUACAACAAAACUGGCUAACAUGAGGACCGCUGCAGGAAAAGAAGACCGAGAGUCACUUCUGCUACUGAGGAUAAGUUCAUCCAGCCUCAGGAAUGGAAAGUUAACAGCACCUCAGAUUAGAGCCCAGAUAAAUGCCACAGAGAGUUCUAGUAGCAGACACAUCUGUACAUGAACUGUCCAGAGGAGACUGUGCCAAUCAGGCCUUUAUGGUCAAAUAGCUGCUUAGAAACCACUAAUAAGGAAAAACAACAAGCAGAAGAGGUUUGUUUGGGCCAAGAAACACAAGGAAUGGACAUUAAACCAGUGGAAAUCUGUGAUUUGGUCUGAUGAGUCCAAAUUUGAGACCUUUUGUUCCCUCGCCGUGUCUUUGUGCGAUGCAGAUGUGAAAGUGUGGGGAUGCUUUGCUGGCGACGCUGUUGGAGAUUCAUUCAAAACUGAAGGCACACUGAACCACCUGGUUAACAAAGCGUCCUGCAGCGACAAUGCCAUCUCAUCCGACUUGCGUUUAGUUGGAUCAUCAUUUUUCAACAGGACAAUGACCCCAAACACAUCUCCAGGCUGUGUAAGGGCUAUUUGACCAAGAAGGAGAGUGAUGGAGUGCUGCAUCAGAUGACCUGGCCUCCACAGUCACCUGACCUAAACCCAAUCCAGAUGGUUUGGGAUGAGAUGGACCACAGAGUGAAGGCAAAAGGGCCAACAAGUGCUCAGCAUCUCUGGGAACUCCUUCAAGACUGUUGGAAAACCAUUUCAGGUAGUCACCUGAAAGCUCAUGAAGCUCAUCCAGAGAAUGCCAAGAGUGUGCAAACCAGUAAUCAAAGCAAAGGUUGGCUACUUCAAAGAAUCGAAAAUAUAAAACAUUCUGAUUUGAUUAACAGUUUGUUUACUACAUAAUUCCAUAUGUGUUCAUUCAUAGUUUUGAUGUCUUCUGUAUUAAUCUACAAUGUAGAAAAUAAUUAAAACAAAAUCCAUUGAAUGAGAAGGUGUGUCCAAACUUUUGACUGGUAGUGUGCAUUUGCUCUGUUGACAGUCUGCAAUCACCUGAAGCUUCAAUCUAGUGCAAACCAAAACAGGUAAAUGCACUGGAGUUCAUUUCAACUUAACAAAAAGAGGUCAAUGUCAUACCAGGCAUCUGGUUUGCAGAUGCUGGCCAAACCAGUUCAAAUUAGAUUUUUUUAUGUGAACAGCUGUACUGACUGUGGUAUAUGGUGGUUCUCAUCCAGUAGCCAAAUGAUUUCAAAUAUUGUGACCAUGUUGUCUUUAUGAUCAGUUUCUUAGCUGUAGUCAAAAGUCAGCGUAUCUUUGAGUGAUGAAACGGAGAUGUUUCUGCGUAACUUUUCUAUUACAUGUACAGUCUGAUUUUGUGAUGUCAAUAAAACCAGUUUUCUGGAA